AUUACUUGACAUUGUUGGCUGAUGGAAUCCAUAAGUAACAGUGGAUCUAGUGUUGAUAUGAGAACUGGUCCUACUACAAAGUCAGGUGAAGGAGAACAAUUUAACAAAGAAAAGAAACAAGUACCCUCCUCUUCACCCUUUUCAUCAGAGUUGAAAUCACAAGAUCACUUUGACCUUAUGCCAAAUGCAACAACCACUACAACUCAUCCUAGACCUCUAGGUGCAACCUCUCCUACACAUGACAAAACUUACUCACAGUCUGAAUUGCAUAACACACAUUUAGUGGCAGAAAAUGGUGAUGGAAGGCCAGUUAACAGCCAUGUGGAAGCACAUUCUUCUAACCCUUUUGGCGAAGCUAAUCCUUCUCCCUUAGAAAACAACACAGCCCCCUCUACAUCGUCACAAAACCCCUUCAUAGAGAUGAGUGAUGCCACCACCAACACUAAACAUGUUGGUGCAUCUGAAUCUGAAAAGGAGCAUGACCAUCUACAUUCAUUGCCUUCCAUGCAACAAGAAAAAGGUGGCAUGCCUAACAAUAGUGUAAGUGCAUUUCCCACUGAUGGUAUGCUAGGCCCCCAUUCAUCAUUGGCACCAUCCACAAAUGAAUCAUCACAAGGGAAUCCCUUCAAAGCGCCACCAACAAGUGAAACCAAUAAGAACACUUUUGUUGGUUCAGCUGACUCGGUGAAAGUUGAUGAACAUCAUGAUCAUGGCAAUGAAUCACAUCAUAGACUACCAUCACCGGAGCAAGGUCAUUGGAGCGUGCCUAGUAGCGAAGCAAGGACACAUCCUGCUAACACACAUGGUGAAACUCAUGUUCCCUCUUCGAGCCAACAAUUAGACCCCUUGUUGGAAUCAGCACAAAACAAACACCAAGCUGAUGCAACUUCUAAGGACCAUGCAGGUUCUACUACUAUCCCAACAAGUGUUGAACCGCAUCAUACCUUUUCAGUUACAGAGCAAGGACAUCACAACAAGGACAGUAGCAAUUCAGAAAUAGAUAACAAGUCAGACUCAUCAGUUUCAUCAUUUUCCCCAGCUUCUGAAUCUUCAACUCAAGACCACAUGCAUAAUUCUGCAAAUGCAGUCACUAAAGCACCUCAAAAAAGGGGAAAGGAUGUUAGGUUUGCUUCAGAAUCUUGUAAUGAUGAUAUCCCAAUUAGCUCUUUCCAAAAACAUGGACAACAAACUAGUGAUGGUGAAGGACAAAACUCAUCAACAGGUGUUGCUCUUGGCACAAGCAAUGGCUCAGAAAAGCAAAAUCCUCCACUACAGAUAAUGGAGCGACCAGAAAAUCCUACAACUUCUUCGAACUAUAGGUUUCCAUCACAUGUGUUUGAUAGACACAAAUCAAAAUCAAACACCCAAUGGAGCACUGCCUCUAAUGAAUCAUUGUUCAGCAUUCAAAUGGGAAAUACAAGUUUCUCGAAUGACAUGGGUUGGAGUUGGAUGAGCAAAUCUGGUGAAAUGGAUAGACCUGGUGACGCGAUCUCGCCUGGCGUAUUUCCUCCAAGCAAUCAGCCCCCACUCCCACCUCAAUCCCCACCCCAACCUCAACCUCAACCUCCAGCUACAAAAUUCAGUGAUAUCAGCCAAAGCACUGCAAAACAACAUAAAGGUUCAAGAGUGACUGAACUAAAAGCUGCUGAGACAAUGAGAGAGGUUAUAAUGGAAAACAGUAUAAGUAAAGGGGAUUUGAUACCUGCUGGAGGGGCAACACCUUCCAAUAUGCGUUCUACUUCUAAUGCCCAUUCUCACAAAUCAGAUGGGAGCACCAAAUCCUUUGCGUUUAAUGUAUUGGCAGAUGGAGAAAAACCUCUUUCGGCAAAGCAUGGUGAAGAGAAGAGAAAGCAGCAGAAACAGCCAGAGCAGCAGGAUAUUAGACCAGCACCAGAUGCAGCACCUCAGAACCCCAAGCCAAUCCCAAAUGCUCCUCAGAACAAAUCAUGGUUUUCUUGUUUCUCAUGUUGUUAAUUAGAACACACUAGGUCACCAUCUGAUCAUAGAUUCUCUUGGCUUUUGCCAAAACCAUUUUAUUGUCUCUAUCACCUUGAUAGUUUAGUAUCAUGCACAUGUACUUCAUAGUUGGGAAAUCUGACACAAUUUUUCUGAUUAACAAUGUAACAUAAUAGGUUAGUUUGAUAGCACUGUUGGUAGAUAAAUGAAUCAACAGAAGCAAUCAAGGGU